AACAAUCCAUUGUAUCUUCAUCCGUCCGAUACUCCUGAUAUAUCUCUGGUUUCCCAUCAUCUUUCUUGGAUUGAGAAUUACACAAUAUGGAGCCGUUCAAUGCGAAUUGUGCUUCUGGCGAAUAACAAACUAGGGUUUGUUGAUGGCGAUUGCUCUCGUGAUGAUUGUGCUGACGCUCUAAAAGCUCAAUAGGAUCGAUGCAAUGCUGUGGUUCUUUCUUGGAUAAUCAAUUCUAUCAGUAAGGAUCUCUCUGCUGGGAUUGUGUUCGCGACGAGUGCUGCUGUGGUAUGGAAUGAUUUGAAGGAGAGGUUCGACAAGGUCGAUGGUUCCAUGGUUUUUUUCCGUCAUCGAGAGAUCGCCACGCUCACUCAAGGUGAAAAUUUUGUUUCCAGCUAUUUCACGAAAUUGAAGCUGCUCUGGGAUGAAUACAAUACUUUGUUUGCCUUCUCCACGUGUUCUUGUGAUCUAUCUCAACGGAAUUCGAUGCACGUCUCUCAGCAACGCUUGUUUCAGUUUGAUGGGCCUCAAUGAAACUUACGCUGCUCUUCAAAUUCAAGUUUUAUUGAUGCAACCAUUACCUUCUGUAAAUCAAGCCUACUCGAUGAUGGUUAGAGAAGAAUCUCAUCGGCUUCACUUGUCAGGAGUUGUCCCUUCCAUUGAAUCUUCAUUCAUUUAUUCCAAUGCUGCUGGGGCUCGUCGAAAGUUCACAGGGACUUGUGACCACUGUAAAGUUAAAGGUCACAAGAAGGAGAAUUUAUAUCGCCUCAUUGGUUUUCGGGCUGAUUUCAAGUUUAGCAAGAAGAGAGGUGCUCCUUUGGCUAUGGUUGCUGUCAAUUCUGAUCUUCCUGCUGGAGUGGGUUCUGAUGUUGUUUCUCCAAGUUCGAGUUUCUCAGUUGUCUCUUCUGCUCCACCUGUUUUUACUCCAGAGCAGUACACUCAAUUACUGAGGCUUCUCAACAAGGCUUCGGUUGCAGAUUCCUCUGUGAAUCUGGCAGUAAAUGCACCAGUCUCUAGAAGAUCCUGUGUUUUAAAAAGCGCGUUUGAGGCGCUAGGCGAGGCGUUUAGAAGAAAGCCUCUGACCACCAAGGCGGUAGCGAGUACAUGAGGCGGCGAUUCAGUCGUCUGAGGCGGCGAGAGAUGACAAGGCGACGAGGCGAUGCUUUUAGCGAUUCACGUACAAUGACCCAUUUCAGAUGAAUCGAUCUAACGACCGUACUAUUAACUGCACAACAUGAGAAAUUUGAGAGAAAAUAAAAUAAGAAAUGCAAGAAAACUUCUAUGUUUCUCUUCCUUGUUUCUUUGUUGUUGCGAUCGAGCUCUCUUUUUCUUUGUCCGAAACUGAAAA